CAAAUAUUCUCUCAUCUCGACAAAUUCAUCGGCAUGUUUCCACAACAUUAUCCAAGAUCCAAGGACAUCUAAAAUUUACAAUAUGGCAGUCAAAAUUCCAACAUUCAAAAAAUUUAUAACAGCCUCCACAAUAUAAAUCUCGCCCAACAGUGACUUGACCAACAUCGACACUUGGACAACCUGUCAUGCCACCGGAUUCUUAUCCAAUUCCAAAACCAUGCGGAUCAAUGAAUUUACAGCUGUGACGACAAGUCAAGUCGUAUUGGUUCCUUACUCUAUGCACCAUGUACCGAAAUACCAUGAAUGGAUGAAAGAUGCUGAAAUCCAAGUCCUGACUGCAUCGGAACCACUAUCUCUCGAUGAAGAAUACGCUAUGCAACAAACAUGGCGCACUGAUGGGGAUAAAUUGACAUUUAUCGUCUGUCGACGUCUGUCUGACUAUCGGUCUUCAGUCACUACCGAUCUCGACGUCAACACACGCCCUGAUGACUCGGUCAUCGGCACGGGUCCGCUCGUCAUGGUCGGUGAUGUCAAUAUGUUCGUUUCAGUGGAUGAUCAGGAUGAUGAUGAUGAGGGUGAUGAUCCUACGCAAGAGUUGGGUUUGGUCGCGGAACUCGAAGUCAUGAUCGCUGAAAAGGCUCAACGAGGAAAAGGACUAGGCAAGGCGUCGGUCCGCGCGUUUCUUACUUAUGUUCUACAGCAUCAAGAGCCGAUUGUGACCGAGUUCUUCAAGCAUCAUCAGGCUGGCGGUGGACGAGAAGACCUCGAGGGAGUUACAUCGACCACGACAAAGCCUAAAACGAUUGAUUUCUUCGCCGUCAAAAUCGGCCAGGCCAACUAUAAGAGUAUCGGCCUGUUCGAAGCUCUGGGAUUCACCAAGGUUGCUCCGACGGUCAAUUACUUUGGAGAGUGGGAGUUGCGGUGUUCGAGUCACGAUCUGGCGCGGGUUGUACUACAUAGGGAUGUUGAUCCUGUUUACACGGAGGUCGAGUAUAUUGCUCCCUCUGGCGAUGCUCCGAUCUUGAGAAAUUGAUCCUGU